UUCGCUUGUAUAGGGAGCGGGAGGAAGGCGAUUGCUUCUUAAAUUGAAAAGCAAUAGGGUGCGAAGAAGCUGUAUACAAACUUUGGAGUGCAUCUUAAAGGGAAGGGGAGAUUUCAAGGAAGACGGGGGCGGUGUUCGUAGAGGGGCGUUGCCUGAUGGGCUGGUGGGGCGGGUUCUAGUGCGGGUGUGGGUGGUGCUGCGUGUAUUGUGGGCGUGGCUUUUAGAGUGAGCCUGUGGGGGCGUCGCCGUUUGCGAGGCAGCUGAGCGCAGGACUAGCUGGGUCCGGGGGCAGAGAUGUGUGGCCGGCAUACAGAUCUGAUGGCUUUAUAACAGGGUGCCCCAGGUGCCAGCACACCAACAUACUGCAUCAACUUUACCAGGGACACAACGGCACUAUGGCAGAUUAUGAUUCUUAUUGGCUACCAUUACUACUUUGUGUUUUUCUACUCUCACUGGUUACAGUGGCUACAUCAGAAGAGACGAAUAACAACACCUCAAAUAACACACAACCCCUCCUUGACUCACUGCCGGUGGUCACGUUAAAGGUGGAUCAUAUAAUUGUGAAGGAGGGAAAUGGUGCAGUAAUCAGAUGCAACAUAGAAGGUCACCCAGACCCUCAUUUUCAAUGGUAUAACUCCAAUGGGCAUUUACUAAGGGAAGAAAAUGAUGGAAAACUGUGGAUUCUUGAAAAUGGACUUUUAAAUAUCACAAGUGUAUCAUUUGAAGACAGGGGAAAAUACACCUGUGUUGCUAAAAAUUCCCAUGGAAGUGUCAAUAAUACAGUUACUUUGAGAGUGAUAUUCACCUCUGAUAAUAUGGGUAUAUAUUACAUGAUUGUCUGCCUCGUCGCCUUUACUGUUGUGAUGGUCCUGAACAUCACCAGACUUUGCAUGAUGAGCAGCCAUCUGAAGAAAACAGAGAAAGCUAUUAAUGAAUUCUUCCGAACAGAAGGUGCUGAGAAAUUGCAGAAGGCAUUUGAGAUUGCCAAGAGAAUCCCUAUUAUUACAUCUGCCAAAACACUUGAACUUGCUAAAGUGACACAGUUUAAGACCAUGGAGUUUGCCCGGUACAUUGAGGAACUUGCUAGGAGUGUUCCUUUGCCACCUCUUAUCAUGAACUGCAGGACUAUUAUGGAGGAGAUCAUGGAGGUUGUUGGUUUGGAAGAACCCGGGCAUUCAUUUGUAAGACAGGGAGCAGUUGGCCAAGACGUUGGUGAGGAAGACGAGGUCUUUACCAUCCCUAAAUCUUUGCAAAGGAGUGAGUCUCCAACAGCAGAUUCUGAUGCCUCAUCUCUUCACGAGCAUUCUCGCCAAAUUGCCAUAACAGUCUCUGUACACCCGCUGGCCAAAAAACAGUGUUUAGACACUCAGUCACAGGACAGUGCACAAUCUUAUGUGAAAGAAGAAGGUGAAUCGAAAACAUUUGCACAGACUAAUGAAACAGCUACGCCUCCAUCAGAUGCCACUACCAUGUGCAUUGUUUAUGAAAGCCAUGUUUAAGCUAACUUAGUAAUCUAUGCAUAUCACUAAUGACACUCCAAGCACCUUAUUGAGAGUAGAUCUAAAGUUACCAUUUAGCCUUACUAGAAGAAUGUACCAUCUCUUAAAUUUUUUUCCGAUGAACAACAGCUCUGGAGCCAUGCUGAACCUCACGAGUAACAUAAAAGCAGUUUCUGCCACUGGAUUUUGAAUUGAAAUAGGUACAGUUUGAAAAACAAACUCACAGUAAAAGAAAGAGAUAAAAUGUAUUUAUGAUCUUGCACUUCUGUUCCAUUUGUUCCAUUUCAUCUAAAUGUCUACAUUGCUUCAGAAACUGCAACUCAGUAUGGACGAGCAUUUAUAUGUCUGUCUAAUACAAGGCUUUAGUGAACUGAUAACAAUGCCUGUGUCACACUAAGAUGUUCGUAUAUUGCUAUUGAUUUUUUAGGGACCUGCUAGAUAAAUUAGCUAAAAUUAAUUUUCAAAACAAUAAAUUCAUUGGGACAUA